AUGGUUCAAAACAUGGUUAAAACAACAUCCACAUUUAGGUGAAUUUCUGACCGUUUUUUUCUCUAUCCAGGCACUGGAGCUCCCUGCCGUGGUCCCAGUAGCCGAGAGUGAUUCAGACAGCGGGAUGGGCUCACCAGUGGAGGAGAUGCAGAUUGCUUCUGAGAUGAUUAGCAAUACUGUCAACCCGCAAGGUACAAUGACACAACAAAACGAGUGAUCCGUGCCUAAACAGACCACCUGACCAGAGCCCCCUCUUAAUGUUAAUAGACUGCUCUGGACUGGGCCAUUUGCUCGGUGAUGAGAAACAAUGGAUUGUCUAGUCUUUGACUUUAGACUAUCCAAACCAUCGAUGCAAACUACAGUACGUGACAAUUCAACUACCAAUGCAAACUAACCUACUUACUUUAAUAGGAAAUAGUUUGCAUUGUAAUGUAAACAGGAUACCACCUUUCCCACAUUAGUCAUUAAGAUGGCUUGUAAUAUCUUUCCCAGAUUCGGAUGAUGACCUCACAGUGAACCGGCGGUCCCGUUGUCGGAAGGCCCUGAGAGACAGUGACAGCGAGGAGGAGGUGCAUGAGAUGGCAGAGGCUCUGGUCCUGUCAGCAUCCAGCGGAGAUGAGAUGGAGACUGCUGAGGAAGAGGUCAAAGGGGCAGAAUUAAAGAGCAAGAAGGUUUCCCGGAUAGCCCCUAUCGACAGUGAUGAGAGUGCGCCAGAGAAGGAGGAAGAGCUGGUAAAAAAGGAUGUGGAAGGGAAGCGGGAGAAGAGCCAGAGACACAGAGAGAAGAAAGAGAAGUGCAGCAAAGCUGUGGAGCGACUGAAGAAGAAAGUGAGACCUGAGGAGGUGGGGUUGAGUUAUAGUGAUAGAAAAAGUGACAGUGUAAAAUGAAGAGUUUUGAUUCAAAGUAAAGACUAUUUUUCCCAUCACUCUCUGUUUUGUAGAAGACCCCUUUGCCCCGUGCUCAGAAUGACAGCGGCUGUCUCCUUGGUGACAAUGACCUAUAUGACGCUGGUCUGGAUGAUGAUGAAGAGGAAGAGUCUCUGGACGCCAUCAGAGCAGCAGUAAAGCAGAAAGCCAAGAAGCACAAGGUAAGGGUAAUAUUAAAAGUCAUAUCUGUAGUUCAGGAGUAGGUGUGAGGUCACUAAAAAGCAAACGUAUGCCCAAAAUAAAUCACCCAGGAAACUUCUUGAAUGUGAAGUGGUUUGUGAAUUCAUUUGAGUUUAUGGCUAAUCUUACAUAGUUUUGUCUCUGUAUAUUGUGCUGUGCAGGUAGACAAUGCACUGUAUUGUACGUCAGAACUAUGCUCUGUAUCUUUUCCUUAGGAGCCUUUAUUUGAUGAUGAUGAUGAGGGAGAUGAUGAGGCUGGACCGAAACAGCGUCCCCAGGAGAGGAAGGCAGCUCGAGCCAGCAAGGAGGCCAUGAAGCAGCUGCACAGUGAGACCCAGAGGCUGGUCCGAGGUCAGUUUGUUUUUACCUUCAUAUUACAAUAGUGUGUCCCUAUAUGGAGUGUAUUGCCCGUGUUCCACUAUGCUUUGUCUCUACAUGGCUUGUUACACACUUUUCUUGUGUGGCUUUAUUGUCCAACCCAGUCUUUCUUGUUACAUGUUCUUAAUUCCUUUGCAGAAUCCACAUGUGGGCUGCCCUACCACAUGCCUGAGCCCAAGAGCAUCGACCAGUUCUUCAAGAGGAGAGCCCGACCUGAGGGUUCUGCUAUGGCACUAUUGAAGUACGUAGACAUUUUUCUAUCUGGAUUUCUUUACUUCUUCCAGCUUUGUCUUUGCAAUUACUGAACUAUACUCGUCUGGUUUUGUCUAAAUAAUUUAAAGUAAUAAUCUGCGAUUGCUACACCCAUUCUUGGACUUUUAAGUUAAUGAUAUAUACCCAUUUGAUUCUUUAAGGCAUAACUUAUAAAUUCCUCAUGAGCUUUGUUCAACUGUCAUACCCUAUCAGACCCAAAAUAGCUUGUUUAACUCCUUUGUUUGUCAACAAUAUAAUGUAAACAAACACUGUAUAGCCUCAAAACAUGGUUAAAACAAUACUUUUUAUAUAGGUGGUGGUAAUGGGGGGGAAUCAAUAGUUACAUAUCGCAAUAUUAUUUCGGAUUAUAUUCUAUUGAUACUUUGAAAAAAAUAUUUACAUACAUACAGUCAAAAGGUUGGACACACCUACUCAUUCAAGUGUUUUUCUUUAUUUUAACUAUUUUCUACAUUGUAGAAUAAUAGUGAAGACAUCAAAACUAUGAAAUAACACACAUGGAAUCAUGUACUAACCAAGCAAGUCUCUUCUUCUUAUUGGUGUCCUUUAGUAGUGGUUUAACAAUAAUAUGCCAUUUAGCAGACGCUUUUAUCCAAAGUGACUUAGUCAUGUGCGCAUAAAUUUUUACGUAUGGGUGGUCCCGGGGAUCGAACCCACUACCCUGGCGUUACAAGCUCUACCAAUUGAGCUACAGAGGACCACGGUUUCUUUGCAGCAAUUCAACCAUGAAGGCCUGAUUCAUGCAGUCUCCUCUGAACAGUUGAUGUUGAGAUGUGUCUGUUAUUUGAACUCUGAAGCAUUUAUUUGGGCUGCAAUCUGAGGUGCAGUUAACUCUAAUGAACUUAUCCUCUGCAGCAGAGGUAACUCUGGGUCUUCCUUUCCUGUGGCGUUCCUCAUGCGAGCCAGUUUCAUCAUAUUAAAAAUAAAGAAAACCCUUGAAUGAGUAGCUGUGUCCAGACUUUUGACUGGUACUAUAUACAGUGCAAAUUAAUUACUUAAAAAUCAUACAAUGUGAUUUUCUGGAUUUUUGUUUUAGAUUCCGUCUCUCACAGUUAAAGUGUAUCUAUGAUAAAAAUUACAGACCUCUACAUGCUUUGUAAGUAGGAAAACCUGCAAAAUCGGCAGUGUAUCAAAUACUUGUUCUCCCCACUGUAUAUGUAUACAGUACCAGUCAAAAGUUUGGACACACCUACUCAUUCAAGGGUUUUUCUUUAUUUUUACUAUUUUCUACAUUGUAGAAUAAUAGUGAAGACAUCAAAACUAUGAAAUAACACACAUGGAAUCAUGUAGUAACCAAAAAAGUGUUAAACAAAUAUUUGAGGUUCUUCAAAUGGCCACCCUUUGCCUUGAUGACAGCUUUGCACACUCUUGGCUUUCUCUCAACCAGCUUCACCUGGAAUGCUUUUCCAACAGUCUUGAAGGAGUUCCCACUUAUGCUGAGCACUUGUUGGCUGCUUUUCCUUCACUCUGCCGUCCGACUCAUCCCAAACCAUCUCAAUUGGGUUGAGGUCGGGGGAUUGUGGAGGCCAGGUCAUCUGAUGCAGCACUCCAUCACUCUCCUUCUUGGUAAAAUAGCCCUUACACAGCCUGGAGGUGUGUUGGGUCAUUGUCCUGUUGAAAAACAAAUGAUAGUCCCACUAAGCCCAAACCAGAUGGGAUGGUGUAUCGCUGCAGAAUGCUGUGGUAGCCAUGCUGGUUAAGUGUGCCUUGAAUUCUAAAUAAAUCACAGACAGUGUCACCAGCAAAGCACCCCCACACCAUAACACCUCCUCCAUGCUUUACGGUGGGAAAUACACAUGCAGAGAUUCUGUUCACCCACACCACGUCUCACAAAGACACAUCGGUUGGAACCAAAAAUCUGCAAUUUGGACUCCAGACCAAAGGACACAUUUCCACCGAUCUAAUGUCCAUUGCUCGUGUUUCUUGGCCCAAGCAUGUCUCUUCUUGUUGGUGUCUUUUAGUAGUGGUUUCUUUGCAGAAAUUUGACCAUGAAGGCCUGAUUCACACAGUCCCCUCUGAACAUUUGAUGUUUGGAUGUCUGUUACUUGAACUCUGCAACACAUUUAUUUGGGCUGCAAUUUCUGAGGCUGGUAACUCUAAUGAACUUAUCCUCUGCAGCAGAGGUAACUCUGUGUCUUCCAUUCCUGUGGCGGUCCUCAUGAGAGCCAGUUUCAUCAUAGCGCUUGAUGGUUUUUGCAACAGCACCUACAUUUCCGUAUUGACUGAACUUCAUGUCUUAAAGUAGUGAUGGACUGUAGUUUCUCUUUGCUUAUUUGAGCUGUUCUUGCCAUAAUAUGGACUUGGUCUUUUACCAAAUAGGGCUAUCUUCUGUAUACCUCCCCUACCUUGUCACAACACAACUGAUUGGCUCAAACGCAUUAAGAAGGAAAGAAAUUCCACAAAUUAACUUUUAAGAAGGCACACCUGUUAAUUGAAAUGCAUUCCAGGUGACUACCUCAUGAAGCUGUUUGAGAGAAUGCCAAGAGUGUGCAAAGCUGUCAUCAAGGCAAAGGGUGGCUAUUUAAAGAAUCUCAAAUAUAAAAUAUAUUUUGAUUUGUUUAACACUUUUUUUUGGGUACUACAUGAUUCCAUAUGUGUUAUUUCAUCGUUUUGAUAUCUUCACUAUUAUUCUACAAUGUAAAAAUUUUUUUUUGUAAAAUAAAGAAAAACCCUUGAAUGAGUAGGUGAGUCCAAACUUUUGACUGGUAGUAUAUAUCUAUCUCUGUGUUUCAUUUUGCUAGGUAGUGUUUGCUAGCGCUAGUCAGCUGUACCUUUGCCAAAAUGCCAGUGUUUUUCAUCCUAUAACUGGUUCUCAUCUUUUUAAAUAGUGAGCCAACAUGUUUUCAGCACUUUUAUUUCCAUGACUGAUCAAAGCUAAUUUUCUCAUGCUCUCUUGUCUCUGCAGCAGACAUAUAGUAAGCAAUAUGUUUGGAACAUAAAAUCGCAGUAUCCAAUCGCAAUACAUAUAGAAUCGCAAAACAUAUCAUAUCGGCACCUAAAAGCCAAUUUAAGCUUGAUCCGAAAAUGUGGUCGGAGGCUCCGUAUGGAGGGUGUGACGCAAUUGCGGAGCCUCCCGAGGCAUGCAGAGGCCAAAUUGAGCUCCGUACUGCAUCGACGUGCGCCUCACAAAUUUUGUAAUGAUUGACAUGAUUGGUUGACGGGAGGGUAUAUGUGGUCCUCUGUAGCUCAGCUGGUAGAGCAUGGCGCUUGUAACGCCAAGGUAGUGGGUUCGAUCCCCGGGACCACCCAUACACAAAAAUGUAUGCACGCAUGACUGUAAGUCGCUUUGGAUAAAAGCGUCUGCUAAAUGGCAUAUUAUUUAUUAUUAUUAUUAUUAUUAUAAACACAAACUCACUUCCUUGACGACUUCCUUCACAACAGCUCUGCUCAACAGCUCUGCACUGCUCCGCGAAGCGCAAGAAGUAUGAAUGCCCUGACUUCUGCAGAGGCCGCAUCACAGUAAAUGCUGCAUGUCUAAUGCAGACGUCGUAUUGACCAUGCAGCUCCUUUUAGUAUCGUGAUAAUAUGGUUUUGUGAGGUCCCUGGCAAUUCCCAGACCUAAUAGGUGGUCAGUCCUUGCAUCCAUAGCUCUGUCUAUGAAUUUGAGUUGUUGCAUUUCUCCAGCCCCAUCCCUCAGCUUUUUACCAAAACAGUGGUGGGGAUUCCGCUUUGUUAUUGUUUGAAAUGCAGAUUGCCCCUUUAAGCAUAUAACCCCCUUUUUUUUAUUUUUAGAUCUGCCAAGUAUCAGGACUUGAUAAAGGAGGCAACCCCAGCACCACCUCCCACCCAACCCACCCAAGGAGCCCCAACAGCCCUCAGCCUCCCUGGACCCACCCUCCACCCAGAUCCAGGCUCUCUCCCAGCCAAUGGCCACCUCCUCCCCACACCAGGAGAACCACAGCAGGGCAGGUGAGACCUCUCCAACCCAGGAGCUCGAUGACGAUGAAUCCCCACUACCUGAGCUGGCUGCCAUUAUGCAGGGGGCCAAUAUUUCAGGGUUAGAUGGUGCUGAAAUUCCACCACCAGAGUCUAUGGGGGCUGGAAUCCCAGACCAGAACCAGGCAGAGGACUCCCAAGCCCAGGAGAUAGAGGCGAAGGCAGGGGAUGGGGAUGUAGCUCUGCCGUUACCUGCUCCAGCCAUUGUGGACCCCAUAGCACCACCAGUUCCAAAACCCAAGAAGGACAGGCUGGCCAGACUGAGGGAGCUGGGGGUGGAGCCCCCGCCUGUCCCCAAACUGUGUGCUGACGAUGGGUCCUUCGAUCUGGAGCCCCCUCAGGUUAACCCAGGUGAGAGCACAACAACAAAUAUUCAGCUCCAUAAUGUCAGAGCUCUGUAGCACAGUAUUUCCCAAAUGCUGGGUUGGGGUUUAAAGCCUUGUGUUUAGAUGCAUGCUUUUGUACAUUUGUGGCACACAAAAUGAUUUUGGUGGAUCACAACACAACUCAAGCCACCGAAAUGGGUGAGCUUGAAUGAAUUGGGUUGAAGAAACCCAUUCAAGUUGGUUGUAAUGUAUCGUCUUCUGUAGUCAACCUGUUUGUUUUCCCGUCAGGCGUGGAGGCAUUGAAGGAGCGUUUCCUACGCCAUGUCCAGCCCGUGGCCCGGCCCAGAGGGGAACGCACCAUGCAGCUCAGCGUCAUCCGUAAAGACAGCAGUGAGGAGCUCCACCAAGACACUGUCACCACCACCAUCAAGGAGGGGGAGGAGGAGGCUGCACACACCGCGCCUGGUAUGGACAUAGUACCGUACAUCACACCAGGCCUGUUACAAACACCAUCUCACACACACAUUCUCUCUAAACCUCCACACUCUCUAAAAGAGGCAUCCCAUAUGACUCAUAGCAAGGCCAUUUCCUGAAAUCCACCGCCAAACAUAUUUCCAAAUGUCUUAAUUUCUCGGUCCACUGCCUGCAAUAAUCUUUCCUAACCAGUCCUGUGUUCCCUCUUUCCUCAGGUGAGAAGCUGACCAACCUGAAGUACCGUCUGCAGCAGGCCAUGGCUGUAAAGAGACGGGAGGAUAGAGAACGCAAGGCUGCCCUCCAUCGCCUAGACAACGAGGACUGUGGCGAGGAAGAGGAGGAAGAGGAGGAAAUGACGGAUUCCGAGGGGGAAGAGGUAAGAGUGGAUCGGCGGCUUUGACAUUUUACCCCCACCCAUCGCACUUGCCUCAGGCAUUCUUUGAUUGUGUCAGUCAGUGCUGUCUGUACACUUUUCGCGGUGGUGCUCGACGAUUGGAACCAAAACAUUAAAGAUCAAAACUUUUAAGUGGAAAAAUUAGACUAAGGGUAAUAGAGGGAAUGUCUUGAUCAAUUAAUGGUUAGGGAACCGUUAAUUAUGUUGGUGUGUUUCAGAGUUUGUCAAAACCUGUUUGUUUGUAUCUCCACAGGGUGUAGAUGAGCUACUGGGGGGUGGUGAUGUGAUGAUGAGGAAGAGGAUCAGGAGGAGGGCAGCGUGGCACAGAGGGGUGUGAGGAGCCCCUCCCCGUUAAGAUUAAAGGGUCCCUCUCCCCCACCAGACCUGCUCAACACAGACGGAACCCUCAUGCUGUUUGCCAACAGCUCCUGCUCGCGCACCGGGUAUGCGUGUGUGUGUGUGGUGCUGAUAUUUGGGAGUCUCGGCCAUGUACAUAGGCUGUCAGUACGUGGCCUUCAGAUUGCAGGCAAGGCAAAGUAGCGCGCAAGGUACUGCUCCGUGUCGUCGGUCAUGGGCAGCCUUGUUGUGUGGAAAAGGAAGUGCUAUCUCUAUCCACAAGUGUCCAGAUGUCAGUGUCCUUCUCGAAUCCUUCUAGACUGUAGUGGAUUCAAAUUAUGUAUUUAAAAUGUGUGUAAGCCAGUGUUAAUUUCGUCAACAAAAAUAGUGACAAAAAUAUUCAUCAAACACUUAUUUUUCUGUGGCAAUUGAGGAGACUAUAACUGACUAAAUGAUUUUUCAUUUCAGUUGACUAAAACGAGACGAAAUUAUCUCUGACUGAAAUCUGACUAAGUGGACUGGACAAGAGUUUUUGGAGAGAUUGAGAGCUUUUCAGUGAUGAGCACAAUUAAUAUAAGCAGCACAGAUGUGCAGUCCUGUUCAGCAGUGGGAAGGAAGUACCUCACCUGGCACACCAGCUGGGGAGCAAGCGAUGAGUGUGGGCAGAUGGGCCCCAACUCCAUCUCCAAUUAAUUUCUGUUAAUGUAAUUUAUUUAGGCACAGUUUGUCAGUCAAAUAAAAAUCAACAUUGGAUCGGAAUGACACUAACGCGUCUGCGUUUGCGCACAUCACCUGCAUGUGUGCGAGAUGAGUGGUCAGGUGUUCAAGGAGAGAGAGACGGUCAGACAUUGCUGAAGCAGGUAGGUAUAGCCUAUAAAAUAUGAUAUAGAGAAGACUAACUUGGUAGACAAUUCAAAACAUAUCUUGUACCCGCUAGUUAACUGUUAAGCUAUUAUUAGCAUGUAUUAAUGUUUUCGUGAUGUACCCCCCAAAAAAUCAGACACUUGCAAAUAAGGCCAUCAAAAGUUGAUUUGUGCCUUGAUCACACCUACAGCGUCAUUGCGCAAAAUGGUACGCAGCAUCAUCUGGAUAUGUGUGCAACAAAAGUUCAACAUUCACCUUCUGCUACCAUUUCUGUCAAGCCCUCUACGCAUACAGUUUGAUGCAUACGUUCAAUAAAUCCAACAUAUGCACCACACAGAACGCACUGCAACUGCCUCUGCAAUGCAAUGGUGCAAGGCAAACGCGGUGUUCCAUUUGGAAAUGAGUGUGUUUCUGGUGUACCAAAACGCAAGACUCUGUCGGUGGGAUUGAGGCGUUACUUUUAUGAACGAUUCAUGUUUCUUUUUGACGAAAUGAACAACUCACUUGGCAAUUAUUAUAUUAUUUGGGAUUUGGUUCAAUCGCGGUAGAUCAAAUCAUGUGAAUCCAAAUUAUUAUUUGUGAAUAGCGAAAAGUAAUUUUAGGAAAAAAUAUUUGAUGUAGCCUUUCUUUUGGAUUAUGUGUCUUCAACUUGUUUUGUAGAUGCGUCCAGUUGAUUUAGGCAUGCAAUGUAUAUGACAUUGCAACUCAAAAGAUCCUAGUAAGCCUGCAAAGUAAACACUUCUAAGGUAGCUAAGAGGCUAAAUAUGACUAAACUCGAAAAGGUAAGUUUCCUGAAGAAAAUUUGUGGGCUUGCUUCAGCUGAAUGAAAAGAUUUGUAGCCUACCAUAGCCAUUUGAUCUUUAACAUAUUGAAUGAGCGAAUUAUUUAAAAAGGCAUAAAACGUAUUUGUUUGCAAUGUUAUACAUCAAGGGUGGUCAACCAUCCUCCAGGAGACCUAAUGGUGUGCAGGCUUUUUUUCCAUUCCUCGUCUAACAAACCACAUUUGAGGAAUUAGCUGCUCAACCGAACCUUGAUAAACUGUCUCUGAUGUGUUUGAGCAGGGCUUGAUCAAAAGCCUGCACACCCAGUAGCUCUCCAGACUGAGGGUUGACCACAUGUUUUAUACAGUUGCCUAACAGGUAUUCCACUUUGUGGGGGGUUAAGUGCCUUUCACAACGACAGGAGAUGGUACAUGGGAUCAGAGAGCAGCCUCCCAGUGUUGAUACCACAUUACGCAUACUUUUUUAUAUGUACUUAGACGCCGCCAAUUGUUGGUCAUGGACAUUUGUUAAGUCGUGGAAAAGUCAUGAAAUUCCAUCUGUCAAUGUGUAUGAAAUCUGGAGUAUAGAAAAGUAGGCUAUCUUUGAAUUUGUAGUCUCGCUCAACCCUCCUACUUUCCCCACUGUAUUUCAUAGCCAGGUUCUGUAGCCAAGUCUCACUUUUCCUCUGAGAAAACGGCUUGAUUCUAUCCCUUACCGUUCAAAAGAUAUUAUCCAUAAUACCAGCGUUUUGUUUAUUUUUAUCGUGCAUUGGCGGGCAGCAUUUUGCAUUCAAAAAGCAUAAAAUAAAAAGCUGUUCUAAAGCUAGGUUACUUGCGGACUGGACCAUUUAACCAUUUGUUUAGGCUACACCUUGUUCAGUCAUGAUACGUUUUGGAACGUUCAGAUAGAAAUAUGCUAUGUAGAACAAACAUGCCUCUGACAUGUUGAAUAAUAAUAAUAAUAAAACGUCUAUAUUCAUGGAUCUUCUAUCUGCAACAUUCAAGAACGUUUUGCAACUGAACGUGGCCCUGUUAACAUACCAGUAGCCUAUAUGCAAACAUUUGGUGGCACAGAAAGGAAAAAGGAUAGCAAACAAUUGAUUGACAAAAUUCCUCUUGCCAAGUUACUCCGACUUAAGCGCUUGGACCAGGACUCGCGCACUGGGACUCGGACUUCAGCCAUAGGGACUUGUGACUCGGACUCGAGCACAGGGGACUUGGGAUUCAAGGUUUUGUGACUCGUCUAAAUCACUGCGCGAACCCGUCAUUUGCUCCUGUUCUACUUUUGGACACCAAUGUGGCUGCGGCGUCUGUGGAACAUUAAUAACAAUGGCAAUGACGUGACUGAGGUGCAACCCAUAGUACUUUAGGGGACCAUCUGGUGAUUUGUGCCUGGCUCGCUCUCCCCACGCCAGAUAAUUAUCAUAUGGCCAUAUAAUUAUAAUAAACUCAGCAAAAAAAGAAACGUCCUCUCACUGUCAACUGUGUUUAUUUUCAGCAAACUUAACAUGUGUAAAUAUUUGUAUGAACAUAACAACAUUCAACAACUGAGACAAACUGAACAAGUUCCACAGACAUGUAACUAACAGAAAUUGAAUAAUGUGUCCCUGAACAAAGGGGGGGUCAAAAUCAAAAGUAACAGUCGGUAUCUGGUGUGGCCACCAGCUGCAUUAAGUACUGCAGUGCAUCUCCUCCUCAUGGACUGCACCAGAUUUGCCAGUUCUUGCUGUGAGAUGUUACCCCACUCUUCCACCAAGGCACCUGCAAGUUCCCAGACAUUUCUGGGGGGAAUGGCCCUAGCCCUCACCCUCCGAUCCAACAGGUCCCAGAUGUGCUCAAUGGGAUUGAGAUCUGGGCUCUUCGCUGGCCAUGGCAGAACACUGACAUUCCUGUCUUGCAGGAAAUCACGCACAGAACGAGCAGUAUGGCUGGUGGCAUUGUCAUGCUGGAGGGUCAUGUCAGGAUGAGCCUGCAGGAAGGGUACCACAUGAGGGAGGAUGUCUUCCCUGUAACGCACAGCGUUGAGAUUGCCUGCAAUGACAACAAGCUCAGUCCGAUGAUGCUGUGACACACCGCCCCAGACCAUGACGGACCCUCCACCUCCAAAUCGAUCCCACUCCAGAGUACAGGCCUGUGUAACGCUCAUUCCUUUGAUGAUAAACGCGAAUCCGACCAUCACCCCUGGUGAGACAAAACUGCGACUCGUCAGUGAAGAGCACUUUUUGCCAGUCCUGUCUGGUCCAGCAACGGUGGGUUUGUGCCCAUAGGCGACGUUGUUGCAGGUGAUGUCUGGUGAGGACCUGCCUUACAACAGGCCUACAAGCCCUCAGUCCAGCCUCUCUCAGCCUAUUGCGGACAGUCUGAGCACUGAUGGAGGGAUUGUGCGUUCCUGGUGUAACUCGGGAAGUUGUUGUUGCCAUCCUGUACCUGUCCCGCAGGUGUGAUGUACCGAUCCUGUGCAGGUGUUGUUACACGUGGUCUGCCACUGCGAGGACGAUCAGCUUUCCGUCCUGUCUCCCUGUAGCGCUGUCUUAGGCGUCUCACAGUACGGACAUUGCAAUUUAUUGCCCUGGCCACAUCUGCAGUCCUCGUGCCUCCUUGCAGCAUGCCUAAGGCACGUUCACGCAGAUGAGCAGGGACCCUGGGCAUCUUUCUUUUGGGGGUUUUCAGAGUCCGUAGAAAGGCCUCUUUAGUGUCCUAAAUUUUCAUAACUGUGACUUUAAUUACCUACCGUCUGUACGCUGUUAGUGUCUUAACGACCGUUCCAUAGGUGCAUGUUCAUUAAUUGUUUAUGGUUCAUUGAACAAGCAUGGGAAACAGUGUUUAAACCCUUUACAAUGAAGAUCUGUGAAGUUAUUUGGAUUUUUACUAAUUAUCUUUGAAAGAGGGGGUCCUGAAACAGGGACAUUUCUUUUUUUUGCUGAGAAUAAGAUGUUAUGCAGAAAGAUAUGUUGGUAGGACAAGGCUAUGUAUGUUUGUGUACAUGGAAGUCGGUGGUUUAUGUUUACUAUAGAUUGAGGCAAUACUAGACUAAAUCAUAAUUCAAAUGGCAAAAAUGUGACUUAAUGAUAUUUUAGUAAAAAUGACUAAAUUUACUUUUUUAGACUACAUCUAAAAAUAAAUAAAAAGUGCCAAAAUUAACACCGGUGUAUGGUAAAUGGAUAUGCUCAAUGAGUUAGUAUGUGUGUUAUCUGUCCCUCCAAGUUGUUGACAUUUUGUCUUUCUUACAGAGAUGGUGUAAAGAGGACAGGGCCUGGUGGUCAAGACAGUUACACAAAGAUGGGUGAGUAGACUGAAUAUAUUUCACUAUUUUUCACAACUAUGCUACUUCAGAAAAUACUCUCAAAUGGUUAUGAAAAAUUGACGUUUCACUGGUAAAAUUGUAUUGCUACAGAGGAAGAAGAUUCUCUGUCCCUGGCCAAGGACAACAGUCACAACAGUAGUUUUGAGCUGCUGGGCUCCAUGCUGCCGUCCUACCAGCCUGUCAACCGCGGCACAACGGGAGGCAGGGGUCCGUCAGCCAGCACCUUCCGCUCCCGCUCACCCUGCUUCUUCAGACCCAGCUUUCUGGGAUCUGCCUCCAAGGUGACUGUUUAGGAGGGUUUAUAUCAUGUAUGACUAGGGCCCAGUGUUUUCCUUACCACUGUAUGACAGUAUAAAAGUGUCAGAAGAGAGCCAAUCAUAACCACGCAGACCCCAGUAUGCAUGUCUCCCAGUAAUGCAUGCGUUAUGUGAAUUCAAUCAGGGAUGGCGUAAUAGUAAAGACUAAUUUAAUUGUAAAUAAUGUAUGACAUUUUAAUGUGGCAUGAACACAACCAGGCAUGAUGUUUUCAUCUGAUAAACCAUGUUUCCGUCCACAGUUUUUAUGCGAGUAAAGUCAUACUGUAUUAAAAAAACUAUCACGACCGCUGUGAUGGAAACAGGAAGUUUCGGUACCAUUUUAUAAAUGCUGACAUAAUAAUUUGUUCAUUCAACAUGUUGUGAUCUUUUUGUGUCUGUAAAAUUAAUAAUGCGAGAAAUGGUGGUGGAAACGCCUUUUAUGUGCAAGUGUUGAUAUAAUAACCAUCAUAUCGAAGUAACUUGGAGUCACGCAUGAUAUGGUAUGUGGUCCUCCCUCUUCAACUCAGGAAACCAUACAGUUUAUUAGGCUGCAGAUGAAAUAAGUUAUGAUGAACUUCACAGGGUGAUGAAAGUGCAAGGUGAUGAGCUUGAUGCUCCUUACAAUAAAUAUCGAGGGUCUUAUUCUGGUGACAUGAUGAUCGAUGCUUGACUGCCGUUUAACAAUUUUAAAAGUCAUCCGUAAUAAACUAAUCUCAUGUGGACUAGCCUACCCAUACAGCACACUGUAUCUGCGAGCUGUUGGCUAGAGAACACGUGCGAAGUCCACAGUAAGCACGUUUGCUAUUUAACGCAACCGUUUUUGUGACAAAACUAUUGAGUUGAAAAUGCGAUGGAAACACAUUGAACUUUAGAUUUUUAUUCGGUACAUGAAAACUUAAAGCGGAAAAAUACAUUUUGUGUGCACUACGUCAUCACUCACUGAUUUUUAUCCGCAACAAGUCCGUUUGGAAACACCACUGGUGGGAAAAUGCGCAUAUUUUCUUUAUGCAGAUUUUAAAAUAUUUGCAUGAAAAUCUGUCGCAAAUUAGAUGGAAACCUAGCUACUGUCAAAUCACUUUAAAAAUGUAGGCUACCUGUGCACGUUUGAUCCACUGUAUAAUGAUUCCAGCAUCUAAAACAGUGCACCCACCACCAUUUUGAUGAAUGGAAAGGGCGUCUAUUAAAACACCAAAAGUGUAAUGACAUUCAGCGAUUUAUUAGGCACACAUGUAGCCUGAAUUCAUUGAUGCCUCCACCGCUGUCAGCACGUGUCACGGUCCCGGCCAGUCAUCUCGGGCUACUUUCACCCCUAUUUUAGAGUUUUCUGCAUAAUUUAUCAUUUCCAACAUUUUGUAGGUUAUUUGUUGGCCAAUUUAGAUAGGCCUGCAGCUUCUAUUCUGUCAUUACUUGCUGCCCUAGAAGACAAAAAAGCGGAGCUCACCAGAACAAUUUUAUAAAUUGAUACAAUGAAUGCAUCAAUAACAGUCCUAAACCUAAUCUAGUUGACAUUGGUAAAGUUUUCUCUUCCAUUUCUGCUCGCAGAGCGAGGAUGUGUAAAGACCGGGGCAAAAAUGCAAUAGCCUAACUCUAAAAUGGCAAAAUAUUUACCCUGCAAAAUGUCCAAACGACAUCAGUUUCACCGGUUUCAAGGAAAUGAAAAGUUGUGAAAAAGAUCCAACAUGAAUCUGAUAAGAUUUCAGUUCGCCCUGUAUGCAUAUUUUAUGUGGUUGAAAUAGCCUACUUUCAGCUUUUAUGUCACUUACAAAGAACGCACGUUUGCAUGGUCCCUAACCGUGCAUUUGCAUUCUUUCAAGAUGCUGAAAGAAAUUAGUCAUUUCUCCUCUCCUAUUGCUGAGACAAAAUUAACAUUUGGUGUAUCAUUUUACUGCAACAAAUAUAAUUUUAUAUUAGGCAACAUAGAGUAAUAGCCCUACAGUCAGUGUCUAUAUUUCAGUUACUACAGUAGACUACAACUUCUUUGUCCAAAUAUUUUUAAUUUUUAGUUCAGAUGUACUGCAGCAUCCCCCAAACCCCUACUUCCACACAGACAUGCUUAUCUUAAGUUAGGAUUCAGCCCUUGAUGAAGAGGAAGAGGCGGUUUCUAAUAAAUGUUGAGACUGACUCGUUUGCGGAGACACAUCCCCAGUAUCUCAUCCCUCUCUCUCUCCAUCCCACAGAGCUCAGGGAAACUCUCCGAGCCCUCCCUCUCGCUGCCCAUGGAGGACUCCCAGGACCUGUACGCUCCCCCCUCCCCCGGUGAGUCUUCUGGACCCCUGGGGGCCCCGUCCCAGGGUCGCUUCUCUCUGGAGGAGGACUCCCAGCUACUGGACGCCGACGGUUUCCUCAACGUGGGGCCCCGCACCGGCCCCCCGCGCUCCCACAAGAGACAGCUCAUACUGGACAGCCUGGAUGAGAACGCUAUGGACGCUAACAUGGGGGAGCUGUUAGGAAUGUGCUCUGGGGGGUUUGGGACUGCCAGAGAGGGUGGCGUGGGAGGGCCUGGGGCCUCGCAGGAGGAUGAAUUGUUAGGGCUGUGUUCUAGAAUGUUCCCUACCACACAGACUGAGGGAGUGAAGGAGAGGAAGAGAGAGGGAGGAGGAGGGCUAGGGGCGACGCAAGAGGAUGAGCUGCUGGGGCUCUGUUCGGGAGUGUUCCCCACCGCACAGGCAGAAAGGGAGAAGGAGGGAGCGGAAGGGAGGAAGAGAGAGGAAGAGAAGAUGGAGUUAGAAAUGGACAGAGACAAUGACAUGGAUCAGCUGCUCGGCCUCUGCUCUGGGAAGUUUACUACUCAAGGUAAGCGUGUGUCUCCAAGUACUGGGUGUAUGUCUGGGUGAUUGGGUGUAUUUGGGUGUAAUAAUGUUUUGGUUCCAUUUCACUCAAUCUCUCCAUAUAGGUGUCUCCCCCUUGCGAUCCAACUCGAGCUACGCCCCACACUCUUCAACUGCUGAAGACAGGUAAAAAGAGCUAGCCUAAUAUAGUGGCCUAUUAAAAAUAAAAAUAAAAACUCAGACGGAAUCACUGAUUUCAGACAUUCAAACGGAUUUCAACAAUAUUAAUUGUAUUGAACUUAUUAGGACAUCAACUAAGUGUAUUGUAAUUUAUUAGAAAAUUCAUUCAUUUGCCCAAGUUAUUCAUAAGACAUUAACAAAAUGCAUCAGUGAUUCGUAUUUUCCUGCAACUUUCUGAAACAGCACAGGAGAACCUCUGUGUGUGGUGCUCGUAUGUCUAGUCUACGCUCUGUGCAGCCGUUAGCGAUAAUGCUAUUGAUAACCGUCUGCUGGUAGAUUGGAAGGCUUUUCCAAAAACCUUCUCAAUUAAUGUUAACUACAAAGUAGCCUAUGCCUACCUGGCAAAAUGAUAUCAUGAUUAUUUGCAUCAAACCAGUGAUUAUUUUGCUACAGAAAAACUCUUAACCAAACAGUGGUCUCUAGCUGGUGUGCACAUGCAUUAACAUCUGCGCACUACACCUAAAAUUCAACAUUUCUUAGAUUUUACCAGACCUGAAAAGUGGUCUCCUAAUGUAGUUUAAGCAUUGUUCUGGACUUAGAACAUCCAAUUUUGAGGGUGAAAACCUGAAAAACUCAAAUGAAUUUAAACUAAAUCAGGCAAAAUAUUUAACUGAUUUUAUAGGGCCCUAAUAUGGGAUCUGAUGACUAAUUUACCCUCUGGGUAUCAAUAAAGUUUAUUCAAUUCAGUAACGGAGUACUAUGUUACACUUCUUGUACUAACCACUAUGAUAUACUCAGGCUAUACAUUCAAAGAAAUCCUAAGGUUAAAUGCAAUUCUGUGAUGUUUCAGUAGUAGGAAACUGGAGGAGAAGAGGAGGAGGAGGAAGAAGAGGAUUGUGAGUUUCGACUUCUGUCAGACGUGGAGAGCCAGAGUGAGCAGGUAAGGCACACACGUGCAUGCGCUUGCAUUGAUGACGUAUAUCCCAAACAGCUGAACUAACUCCUUCCCCCUUUCCUUCCAGGAAGACAAUGAUGAAGAAGAGGAUGAAGUGAACGAGGAGGAGAGGAAGGCUGGGUUUGCACCCCGGCAAGGAAAGAAGAAAAUGUAAGUAGAGAGAACUGUUCCUGAAUGAUGAACUUGCGCAGCUCAAGUUUCAAGUUUUUGUCACGUGCACAAGUACAGUGAAAUGCAUUUCUUGCUUGCUCUUUCCCAACAAUGCAGUAAUCAGUAGUACUAUAAAAAUAAAUGUUUUAAAAAGUCAAGACGGCUGUUGGGUUUCCUUGACGAUAGAGCCUAUUAAAAAAUGAGCUCAAAGACCGCAUAGCACAGAGAAGGCAUUAAAUCCCAUGCUGCAUACAACACGAUUCUGUUUUGCUUUGGCAAAGAGGAUAUGGGAUUGAUUCUUUUUAUAGUAUUUAAGUCAACAUAUCUCUCCCAGUGCCUCUACAUUCACCUAUACCUUAGUCUGUCAGUAUAACUUUAGGUCUUAGGAUGAGUGUCCACGCCUUAUGUCGAAUGUCCUGUUUCCUUUCGUUUUGAAAAUUAAAUCAAUUGCACAAACUCUAAACCCCUUUUAUAUAUCAGAAUGCGGUUUCCACACAGAAGGAUAGUUCAAGCCCACUUUGUAUUCACGUCGUCUGGUUGUGUUUUCUCCUCUCUCCAGGCGCAUGGCAGAGUUUGUGGACUCUGAGGCUGAGCUCUCAGGUAGUGACGUGGGCAGUGAGGAUGAAGAUGACGGUGAGAAUGAAUAUGAGGAAGAGGAGCUGCUGGACGAGCUGCCGUCUGAUGAAGAGCUGCAGGACCAGGUCAACAAGAUCCACAUGUAUGUACUGACACAGAAAACAUUCUAAAUAUCCUCCCAAAAAAUAACAUUCUAAAUACCUCGAACAAAACAAUCAAAGAAGAACUUCUAUAGUCACUACUAUUACUCCUAUUGGCUUACCUUAACAAUGCACAAUGUGUGUUACCUUUAUAGAGAAUAGUAGAGAGGUUUCAUUAGUUUUUAUUGGAAAAAGCAAUCCAAUCAUAUGGUGUCUGUGUGAAUAUUUUGACCCUAAAGCUUAGUUUAAUCCGCUCGUCUACAGGAAACAUGUCCUUGACGACGACAAGCGGCGACUGCGGCUGUACCAAGAGCGUUACCUUGCCGACGGGGACCUGCACUCAGACGGCCCGGGCAGAGCUCGCCAAUUCCGCUGGAAGAAUAUAGGUGAGUGUGUCUUGAGUUGGCGUCCUUCUACGACAGAUAUCAUACUUUUCUAUUCCACAAGCUUUAUUCAUCAGUCGUGUUUUAACCCAAUGCUGACUUUGUUUUUGUGGUGCUUUUCUUCCAUAGACGAUGGCUUUGACAUGGACGGAAUGGGGGCGGAGGGGGAGGAAGAGGAGGAGGAGGAAGAGCUGGACCAGGCAGAACUGCAGAGGAGGAAAGAGAGGCUGGAGAGGGAGCAGUGGCUACGAGAACAGGUAUACUUUAUAUACAGAAGUAUGUGGACACCCCUUCAAAUUAGUGGCUUCAGCUAUUUAAGCCACACCCGUUGCUGACAGGUGUAUAAAAUCGAGCACACAGCCAUACAAUCUCCAUAGACAAACAUUGGCAGUAGAAUGGCUACUGAAGAGCUCAGAGACUUUCAAUGUGUCACCGUCAUAGUAUGCCACCUUUCCAACAAGUCAGUCGUCAAAUUUCUGCCCUGCUAGAGCUGCCCCGGUCAACUGUAUGUGCUGUUAUUGUGAAGUAAAACGUCUAGGAGUGAUAGGCCACACAAGCUCACAGAACGGGACCGUCGAGUGCUGAAGCGCAUAAGAAUCGUCUGUCCUUGGUUGCAACACUCACUACCGAGUUCCAAACUGCCUCUGGAAGCAACGUUUGCACUGUUCGCCAAGCAACCGCACACAAGCCUAAGAUCACCAUGCGCAAUGCCAAGUGUCUGCUGGAGUGGUGUAAAGCUCGCCGCCAUUGGACUCUGGAGCAGUGGAAACGCGUUCUCUCGAGUGAUGAAUCACGCUUCACCUUCUGGCAGUCAGGACGAAUCUGGGUUUGGCAGAUGCCAGGAGAACGCUACCUGCCCCAAUGCAUAGUGCCAACUGUAAAGUUUGGUGGAGGCGGAAUAAUGGUCUGGGGCUGUUUUUCAUGGUUCGAGCUAGGCCCCUUAGUUCCAGUGAAGGGAAAUCUUAAUGCUACAGCAUACAAUGACAUUCUAGACGAUUCUGUGCUUCCAACUUUGUGGCAACCGUUUGGGGAAGGUCCUUUCCUCUCGUAUUCGUUGCAAAAGGUUUUCCUCUUCGCUACGGUUUGGACUAAUGAUUACACCCCAGGUUUGUAUUCUAUGUAGUGUAUGGUGUAUCAUGUGUGUCUAACUCCCUUCUGUCUUUCUAGUCGGAUGCUAAGGCCAAGAAAGGGGAGGACUUUGACAUGGAUGAGGAGGAGGAGAAGAUUGGAGAGGAGGACAGCCAGUUCAUGAAACUGGCCAAGAAACUGACCGCCAAGAAACUACAGAAGAAAGGUGAGCUGACAUACAAGAGAUAUGGAAUGAGAUGAGAGAGAUAAGAAAGAUGACUGCGAAUUUCAGUAGAUUUACUCCUCUUUUUAACCCUCCCUUUAUCUCAAUCCCUCCAUCUGUUUUGUUUUCCAGAGCUGCCUGUUGCACCCCAGGCUGAGAAGAAAGCCCCAAUGCAGAACCCCUUCCAGAGACCUUCUCAACCCAACAUGGUCAGUACCUUCCUCAUACUAGUCCACUCUGGACUAGUAAUCACCCUCCCUCCUCUAGUGUGACACUUAUCACUAUUGUGUAAUCUGCUCCUUCUAAGAAUCUUUAUUAGAUGUCUCUGACCAUUUGACCUCGAUUUAACCUUUGACCCCGACCUCAGGUGAAGAGGGGCUCGUUGCUCAGCCAGCCCCGCUCCGUGCUGCAGAAGCUGGCCUGCAUCUCUGAGGGGAACCCGCUAGCCCCCCGCAACACCCGAGGGUUCGUCUUCCAAAGCCUAUCGCCAGAGAAAGAGUCCUCGGCUGCAGAGGCCCCAAAAAAACAGGCAGGUCCAACCAUGGAGAGAAAAUAUAAUAAUGUUAAAUGUGAUCCUGUGGGCCUAACACACAUAGUUGGAUGAUAGUUGGUCAGUAAUGUAGCGACACCCGUGUGCAGUGUUUCAGUAAACAUGUUUUGUUUUUCUUGAAAGCCUCACUCUCCAUUCCUAACAGUUUUUUAUUUUUUUCUGUAGAAUGAAAACAUCAUUACACAUUUAAGAACACUUAGUUUCUUCUCUAGAACUUGUGACAGUUUGGUCAUUACUGUACUUGUAAUGAUAGUCAUGGGAUGUUGGACUGUAGUGUUGUACUGAUAUCUGACCAUAUGGUGGUGCCAAAAGCCCAAGCUGUCAAUGUUUCCCUGGUAAAAGCUGUGUUAGUGCAGUCUUUGUUUGACUAGAUCCAUUGCUCGCUCUUAUCCAUACCUUUUACUAUGUUUGCAUAUACUGCAACUCCGCUUUUAGCUGAAAAUGUGUACAACAUUACAUAAUCCAAACUAGAUAUGUGUGGAAUAUCUAUAUCAUUGUGUGCAUUAUCUCAGAACCGAUCAGGGAAAACGCAGCAUCCGUCAAGGUUUCUACAUUAAAUUUAAUUUUAUCUUAGGACAUUGACAUUUGUCUUUUUUAAAUUGGCUCAAAUUUGGAUUUGUCAUAAUGACAUUUAAUUAUAAUUACAAUAAAAUGUGGCCAGAUCUUGCUAAUCGGGUUAAGACUUUUGGGGAGUUCUGUUUUAAACUGAGGCAUAAUUGAUCUUUUUAAAUAGCUGUAGGACUGCUCAGAGUCAUACAGACCUCCACAAACACAGCUGGACGUGUAUAAUUGUAAUGGGACUCCAUGCUGGCACCAAAAUCUCCCAAAUAAUUACAUUCCAGUAAGAAAUUAAGAAUCCCUAAAUCGGAAUGUUAUCGUCAUGGGACAUUUGCUGCUAACGUGGUGGAGAGUUCGUUGACAAGCUCCGUAUAUCUCUGACUGGUUCUGGUCCAUUAUUUUAGCAACAGGAGUCAUUUCCGAUAUUUAACUCUGAAUAUCUCUUUAUUUCGCAGAUGAAGAAGAGGGGACAAAUAGAGGUUUUGGCCCCGGCUGCUAAGCGGCCAUGUCGGGAAAACAACGCACCAGCAACCAAAGGACCUCAAAGAAGUAUCUUCUGUUACCUGGAGAACUGA